AUGAGCCAACUGCACCAUGCAACGGUACAUGUCCAUCUUACGGCUUGUUCUGAUACUUGGCUUUCGUUUACCUUGAAACAUAGCAGAACACCGGAAAUUCAGAUGUCGAUUUCACAACCAACACUUCCGUUAGCGACAAACAUGGCGAAGCACAACGUGCUUGGUUUCAACGUCGUUCGUGUUAAAAUAACAGAAGACACUGAAGUUAUUCGACAUCUUUUUAUUAAACCUCAUUCUACAAGAGACGCAGAUCCCCAACGACCAAAAAACAGAACCUUGUUUGUCAUCAAUAUUCCUCCAUAUGUGAAUAAAAAAUGCUUGGAGAACUUUUUCUUAAAAUGUGGUAAAAUAGAAAAUAUUUUCUUGUGCAACAAACCAACAACUGAUCCAGUUUCUGUGGAGGUAUCAAAAUACAUACCAAAUACAGAGCCUUUAAUGUGUUACAAAGUGGCAUAUGUUGUCUUCCAAAAUGAAAACUGUGUGACAAAAGCUAUGAAGAUAUUUAAAGAUAAUGUGGGAAUCUUAAUAAAAGAAAAGGAAUACCUUACACAGAACACUGGAGUUAAAAAGUGGUGCAAAGAUUAUGCUGGCAAUAGUGAAAACACUGAUGUGGUGAAGAAAGAAUUGAAUGAUUAUUUUAAAGAGUAUGAUGAAAAACAGGAAUUGGAAAAGCAGAAAUUAAAACGGAAAACAGAAGACACUGAUGCAGAAGGCUGGAUGAAGGUCACAAAGCUGUCUAAAGUAAAAGCUAAUCAACCGAAGGUUUCAAGAUACAUCAAAAGAAAACAAAAGAAGAAAAGAACUGAAGCGCACUUAUUAGAUUUUUACACUUUUCAAAUGAAAGAAACUCAACAAAAUCGAAUACAGGAAUUGCGGAAAAAAUUUGAAGAAGACAAACAGAAGAUAGCUUUAAUGAAAGCAGCCCGGAAAUUCAAACCCUUCUAGAAUAAAUUAUUAUAUUUUUAUAAAAAUG